AUGAGGAUGUCUGAUAUUCUUACUGUAAAAGAUGAAAGUGAUGCAAUGAAGGGUUCAGAAGCUGAAUUUAAAGAUACAGACCCAGUUGAAAACCUUACAAAAUCAGGAAGUCAGGAGCAGAUUCAAGUGGAAAAGGAUGAAAAUUGUCCUGACAGCAAAACCAAUAUGCCGCGGCCAGUGCAGUCUUUUGGACAGACAGCAAAAAGGUCGAAGUCAAACACAAAGUUAAAGUUAGUUCGGAGCCUUGCUGUAUGUGAAGAAUAUCCACCACCUCCCACAGCUGAAAUAUCACAGGACCUCCAGGAGAAAAUUCAGAUCCAGUUGUCACAGUCUUUAGAAAAAGAAGAAAACCCUGCAAAAGAUGAAACAGAAAAGGAAAAAUCCAGUGAUAAACUGUCCAGAAAAAUGUUAUCAAGAGAUUCCAGCCAAGAGUAUACAGAUUCCACUGGUAUAGAUCUUCAUGAGUUUUUAGUAAAUACAUUAAAAAACAAUCCCAGGGACAGAAUGAUGCUGCUGAAAUUAGAACAGGAAAUUUUAGAUUUCAUUGGUAAUAAUGAAGUUCCGAGAAAAAAGUUUCCCCCAAUGACAUCUUACCAUAGAAUGCUGUUGCACAGGGUAGCUGCUUACUUUGGAUUAGAGCACAACGUGGACCAGAGCGGGAAGUCAGUCAUAGUAAAUAAAACUAGCAAUACAAGAAUACCUGACCAAAAGUUUUGUGAGCAUAUAAAGGAUGAGAAGAGCGAUGAUUUCCAAAAGCGGUACAUCCUUAAAAGAGAUAACUCUAGUUUAGACAAAGAUGACAACCAGAUGAGAAUACGAUUAAAAGAUGACAGAAGAAGUAAAUCCAUAGAAGAACGUGAAGAAGAAUAUCAGAGAGCUAGAGAAAGAAUAUUUGCACAAGAUUCCCUGUGUUCCCAAGAGAAUUAUUUCACUGAUAAAAGAAUCCAGGAGGAAGAAACUAGUAGUACACAACAAAGACGACAGAUACUUAGAAUCAAUAAGGAAACAUCAGGGAGAUCAGCCAACAGCCUUCAGAGCAGUACUGAGAAUGAGCUGAAGUAUUGUGAACCCCGGCCCUGGAGCAGCACCGACUCCGAUAGUUCCCUCCGCAAUCUGAAGCCAGCUGUAACCAAAGCCAGCAGCUUCAGUGGGAUAUCAGUUCUGACAAGAGGAGAUAGCUCUGGAAGCAGCAAAAGCACAGGCAGGCUGUCUAAGACAGGUUCAGAGUCUUCUAGUAGUGUAGGGUCAUCCACGGGUUCUCUUUCUCACACCCAGCAGCCUCUUCCAGUGCCAGCUCUAAGCCAGCCUUCUCAUGGCACGCCUGCCGUCUAUCCAACUGUCAGCACUAGUAACUCUCUUUCCUUUGAUGGUGGCAUAAGCGGGCAAGUGGCACCUACUAGCACUAGCUUCUUUUUGCUUCCCUUGGAAGCGGCAGGCAUACCACCUGGCAGUGUUCUGAUCAACCCUCAAACAGGUCAGCCAUUCCUUAAUCCAGAUGGGACUCCAGUUGUGUACAAUCCUCCUAUGCCUCAGCAACCUGUUAGGACCCAAGUGCCUGGACCUCCGCAACAGCCACCUCUUCCCGCAGCACCUCAGCAGCAGUCAGCAGCGAACCACGUCCUCUCACAGCCUAUGCGGCCCCUGCAGCCUUCUUCCCAGCCUGUUCCGUACUCUGCAGUCUCUUAUCCACCCCCGCUCCUGCCAGUCUCCUCUACACAGCAAUAUUCUGUGCAAGACAACCUGGGAUCGCAGUUCAGCCAUAUGAGUCUUGCCCGCCAGCCACCUGCCGAUCCAGCUGAACCCCAUAGUGCUAUGUUCCAGUCCACUGUUGUUCUCCAGCCUCCACAGCAGUCUGGUUAUAUCAUCACAGCUGCUCCACCUCCACCACCUUCUGGCCAACCAGUUUCUGCUCCAGGCUAUUCACCAUCUAGCCACCCUGUCAACCAGCAAGUCCUCCAGCAGCAGGGAUACAUGCAGCAAGCUGUGCCACAGAUGCCAGCUUGUUACUGUACGCCCAGUCAGUACCCGCACUCCAGUCCGCAGUACCGACCUGUGUCUGUCCAUUACAACACACAGCAAAACCAAGCAGUGGCACAGCCCGGACAGCAGACAGGUUACCAGGUUUUGUCCAACCAGCAGCAAAACUAUCAGGGUUUAGUUGGAGUUCAGCAGCCUCAGAGUCAAAAUCUAGUCAGUGGCCAACACAACAACGUUGGGAAUCAAAUUCAAGGUGUGAUUGUUCCAUAUCCUUCAGUGCCAUCUUAUCAGGUUUCGGUGCCUCAAGGUUCCCAAGCAAUGCCCCAGCAGACAUAUCAACAGCCUGUUAUCAUUCCCAGUCAGUCAAAUCAAGGGUUGCCCACGACAGGAAUGCCAGUUUACUAUAGUGUCAUUCCAUCGGGUCAACAGAAUAAUUUAAGUUCAUCGGUAGGAUAUUUGCAGCCUCCUGGAUCAGAGCAGAUACAGUUUCCUAGAACAUCAUCACCAUGCAACUCACAGCAGCUUCAAGGACAGCAGUGUGCAGCAGGUAAGCCACCACCACCAGGUGGAGGAGUGGUAAUGAUGCAGCUAAACAUACCCAACAGCCCUCAGCCUCGGAACCAUUCACCUCCACAGUGGAAACAGAAUAAAUAUUACUGUGAUCAUCAAAGGGGGCAGAAGUCCACAGAACUUAGCACUUUAGACAGUGCUGCACAGCAUAGUCCUCAAGUAGGUAGUCCUGCCACCUCACCAGCCCAGUCGCCAGCACCAGCUCAUCUAUCCACCAUGAAGAACAUCCGUCCCACAUUAACGCCUCUUUCUAUUGUGUCUCAGUUUUCUAGACCUUUUGUCCCUGGACAAGGAGAUGCCAGAUACCCAUUGCUUGGCCAACCCCUGCAAUACAAUCCACCACCUUUAUUACGUGGACAAGUAACAAGCCAACAGUGUCAACCUGGAAACAGACAUGGAAACAGGGGCAAGAAACCAGCAAAGAAGGCUGCUUCAGCAGAUCUUGGUGCAGGAGAACCAGUUGUGGGAAAAGUUCUAGAAAUUACUGAGCUGCCAGAAGGCAUAACUCGUGUGGAAGCAGAAAAACUAUUCGGAGAACUCUUAAAAGUUGGUGCCAAGAUUCGGUGGCUGAGGGAUUCGCAGUGUCUACAAACACAGCAGCAGCACCAUCGCCGUUACUGUGGCAGCGGGGACAGUAGUGGGAACGCUGAACCACCUAAACCUAGUGACUUGGCUUCCACGUACACGGUUCUAGCUACAUUCCCUACGAUGUCAGCCGCGCAGAAUGCAUUGAAGAAACAAAGCAGUACCUCAGUGAACAAGUUCAGGCUGAGAACAAGCAAGAAGCACUACGACUUUCAUGUUCUGGAAAGGGCUAGUUCUCAGUAACAGUUACAUCAGUGGACAUACAGUCUUUACUACUUCCAUGUCCUACUCUCCUUGAUUGGCUUGAUGUUAUGGGGUUUCUUCAUAGAGCCUCCUGGGAUGUUUUGUCAUUACAUUAGCCAUUGAAGAGUAACCCAGUGAUCCAGCCAGAUGAAAAAAAAAUGCAGAGUUAAUCCCAGACAAUAGCAAGGAAUCAUCUUUGAGACAGGCAGCUGUCUACAAGGAAUGCUGAUGAAAUGCCCCCUACUUUUAUAGUAGUUUUGUUUUAUAUUUUUGAAUUCUUGUAUCAGAUCCAAAGUUCUAUUGUACAGCAAACAUUCAUAAGAAUCCAUAUUCAGAUUUGUAUUUUAUAAUCCCUUUUCACAACCAGCACACAGCUGUCCAUUCCAAGGCAGGAACCUGAGGAUUGGUGGAGGGGAAAAGAGAACCAUUUUCAAUUAAUUAUACUCAUCUUCUAGAAAACUACUCCAAAUCUUCAAGUUAACCUGUUCUUUGUCCCUUGUUAGUUUUUUGUUUGU